AUGCCUCAUAACAGUAACUCUAGUGGAAAAGGUAGUGGUGAAUUUAAACCAGUUCAUAUCCUGUAUCCACCCAGCAAGAAUAAUUUAAUGGUGCCACAUAAAUCAGUUUUCUUAGAAUCAUACUCUCAAUAUCCACUCAAAAAUUCAACAUCAGAUGCUGCAAGCAGAUAUAAUAUGAGUGAGGGUGAUAGAAGUUCAUUCAGUCACAUGAAUGCAAACAGGGCUUUUGUUGAGCAGACUGUUAAUCAUCUACAAAUCACUGCAAUUACUGAUCAUAAUCCACAAAACAAGAAAUAUCUUGAUCUGAAUACAGGUAGUCUCAGGAUGAAAGCUCAGUCUUCCAGCUGGUGCGAUAGGCAAGUUCAUGCAAAUACUUCCUUUAUUUCUAUUUGUUCCCAAAAAAAAGUUUACAAAACUAUUGUUAUUUGUUUGUCUGGCUACAGCAAUCCAAACUAA